AUGAUGUUUGCAGCUGAUAUUUUUGAAAAAUUGAACGAGCUGAAUGUGACAUUGCAGGGAAAGGGGUUGUUUGCUCAUGAAAUGUGGACACAUGCCAAAGCAUUUAAAACAAAACUAGGUCUGUUUGCAAGGCAAGCAAAUGAUGGCCAAUUUUGUCAUAUCCCUUUACUAGAGAAACAGAAAGUACCUGGAAGUGUUUCAGCUAAGAUUAGGAAUUAUCUGCAGAGUUUAGAGGCUGAGUUUACUACAAGAUUUCAGGAUUUUAAGAAAAUUGAGCCUCAAUUUAAUGAUAUUGACACUGCACCACAGGAGCUGCACCUUGAACUGAUGGACUUGCAGGCAGUUCACGCACUGAAAGAAAUAUUUAGUGCUGUAACUUUAGUUGACUUUUAUAAAUCUUUGUCAGCUGAAAAAUUUCCAUUUAUCAAGAAAUUUGCAGGCAAAAUGUUCUCCAUAUUUGGAUCAACGUAUAUUUGUGAACAAAGUUUUUCUUGCUUGAAAAUCAAAAAGAGCAAAUACUGA